CCAACAUCAACGAUGAUAUCGCCGCUGAUCGCUGGUCAACUGGAGUCUCACUUGUCAUCACCAAGUUCACCUGUGGUCCAGGGUUGCACCGCAAUCUCGCGAUAAACAGAAAACAGACCAGCCUGAUCAGUCGGGUCAUACAACUAUCCCUUGGUAGGUAGCCGACCUUACGGACAUCGCUCUCAUACGUCAGAAACCAUCAUGUCGACCAGCUCUGCCAACCCUGAGCUUCGCGACCUUCCUGAUUUUACCGAGUUCAUGAACCUCGUUCGAGCGCAAGAUCCCGAGAAUCCCGUCAUGGUUGAUGCCGAUCUCUUGGAGGAAGUCUUCGGGGACGGCACGACAUCACGCAAUGGAGCUUCGGAAGAUUUCGUCCGGUCUUUAAAACACGUUACCGAGCAGGAAUUGAUACGGCAAGAUCAGGACCUCUACGCGCAGAGCUGUCCUGUAUGUCAGUUAUCUUAUGCUGAAAUCCUGACGGAGCAAGAGUAUGCCGAGUCCACGGAUCACUAUAUAGGCGGGGCGAACGCCGAUCUCGGAUUGCGACGGUUGCCGUGCCAAAAAGACACCGGAGACCAGGAGGCGUCCCUCGGCGGUCAUAUCAUGUGUGGGCGGUGCGCUAGGAAAUGGUUGCGACUGCAAAAUACAUGCCCCAUGUGUCGGAGCGUCAUGGACCCGUCGAUUGCAGUGGCCAGCAAUGCAGAAGAUGACACUGAUGGAAAUCCGGAUCCCAUGCUGGAGCUCUUCCAAAGGCUCUUCUCAGCUGUACACCAAUCCGGCCAUGGGUCGCGAAUCGACGACUCGGGCCCUCCAAACAGGCGUGGCGAGGAAAGGGAAGAGUUUACAGGAAUGUACUCGUGAACAAGAAAGAGCUGCUUGAUCGAUCGCCAGCGAGGUCGCGGCCGAAUCUCUAUACCUUGCGAACAGAUGCCUCAAACUUUGAGGAGAUAAUGCUGUCCUUGAAAGCAAUAAUCAUCGGCCUGGUCGAGGCAGACCGCACGGAUCACAUCUUCGACUUCCCGAUCGCCCCUCAAGGAAGAUUUCAGCCAUAUCAUUUCGGCAAGGCUUUCUUGGCCUGGAAGACACUGCUGCGCUGCGUCCUAGUCGUGUCACAUCGGGCGUCUAGAGGAGAGCUUUUCAUAUCCCGUUGUACGGCUACGCACGAGCCUCGAGAGAUCAUGUAUCGGUCGAGCAGGUUUUGCCAGUCGAGCAGGUCAGGAUUGGUCGUGAUCGCUUGAUUAUUGCAUGGCAUUUGAGAAA